AUGGAGGGGUUGAAGGCAUCGUCGAAUUAUGUAUACCCAAAUGAUAUGUGUCAACUCAUUGGAGAUAUGACCAAAAUGUUGGAAAAUGAAACCAUAUCAGAAAAUGAUAAAAAGAAAAUUUGGGACAUUGUAAAUAAUGUAUAUCAACAGUGGACCAAAGUAGCCGAGUUGGAGAAAGAAAAAGACAAAAAGGAUUACUACAAAUUAAUUUCCUUUUUGACACUACUCAUGUCAACCAACUGGUUUACCGAGGAACAGGAGGAGCUAGAAUUAAUGGUGAACGAAAUAUAUUAUAAUUAUGUAGGAAUGGCCCAGAGUUUCCCGGAGGAGGACCUCACGCAGGCGCUUCAAAACUCCUUGGGCGCGGAAAUAAAGAAGUGUACAGUUAACAAGGGCGACCUGACAGUCGAAUUCGAGAAGGGAGACUACGGCGAAGGCCCGUUCAACGGGAAACUCGUGCUAGACCUAAACAGUGGUCUUUUUUUGCACAAGGAAAAUGAAAUUUUAAAGUAUAACGGGAAAUUGCCCGUCGAUGCGUACGAUAUUGAGCUCGCCCUGAGCUCCUUUGACUGGAAGCAACACGAGAAAAAAAAAAGAUAG